GGAGACUUCAGAUACUUGAUAAUUACAGGCCGCAUGCUAAAGCAAAACAUGUGUCUUAUUAUGCCGUCCAACGAAAUUGUUAACAGAUGAUCGCAACGACGUAUACGGAUACAGGAUGAUAACUCUCGUGGAAGCUACCGAGCAGACCACACUCCCCGAUGAGAAGCCCUUCUACCCCAAAAGGCCUCAUAGAAAGUCACGGACGGGAUGCAAAGCCUGCAAAUCCCGCAAGGUCAAGUGCGAUGAGUCUCGUCCGACUUGUCGCAGAUGCAUCUUGCGCAACACUGCCUGUGUCUACCACGGUUCCUCACCAUCUCAGCAAGAAUCAACGUCUUGGUCUUCUUCGGCCGCAUCCAGCUCACCAGGAAUCAGCGACCAUGAAAUUCUUACCACCCUAACUUACGAACCACUUUUCAUGCCUUCGUCUGAGAGGGAUGCCGUUGACAUGAAGCUGCUGUGGUUCUACACCACUACCACCUAUAGGUACUGUUUUGCCAUCCAAGAUGGGAGGGCAAAGCGGAUCGACGACAUCUUGAAAGUCAAGAUACCUCGCCAUGCCUUUGAAUUUCCUUUCUUGAUGGAUUGCCUGCUGGCCACCUCGGCACUACAACUCCAGUUACUGAAUCAGGACAUCCAGCCCUCCCGCGCUGUCCGCUAUCGUGUCCGUGCCCUCGAGGGUUACCGGAUGGCCAUCAACAAGGCCAGGCCCGAGACAUUCCCGGCUCUCAUAGCGUGCUCCUUGCUUAUCACAAAUCUGUCAUCCCAAAUGUUUCGCGAAGAGAGCACCAGCGAACUGCACAUCGUGGACUGGAUGGUCGUCUGGAGAGGUAUCAGUCUCAUGAUAGACAUGGUGAGUCCUCGGAGACUCUGGGAGUUGGGCAUGGCCGAACUGUUCCUCAGACCCUCCAUCGACCUGAAUGAAGCCGCCUUCCAUAUCCCCAGCGACUUGCUCUCCGUCAUUUCCUCCAUUAAGAUGGACGAUCCAGAGUAUUCCGACAUUGGCACAUACUACACCACUCUUAAGUAUCUCGGAUCCCUCUAUUCUGCGCUUUCAGAAGGUCUUAGCCCCAUCGUGACCCUCCGCAUCCUCACCUGGUCCACUUUCAUCCCCGAGGCCUUUGUCGAACUUGGCCGCCAACGUCAGCCCCGCGCCCUCAUCAUCCUCGCCCACUACCUGAUAUUCAUGAAGACGAUAGAUGACCUCUGGUGGGUCAAGGGAAUUGGGGACCGUGAGAUUGGCGGCAUUCUUCACUAUCUUGGGGACGCCUGGUCUCAACAGCUGGCCAUGCCUCGCUUAGCCCUGUCUAUGGAUAAUCGGCUCGACGUUGCAAGGCUGCUCCUCAACAACGAGAAUUGGGAAUCGCCGACGGGCUACAAGCGGGACUAUGAGAGCCGAGAUUCUCCCACCCAAACUUUUCCCUUGGUCGACAACCAGGGCAAGCGCACGACCUCUAUCCCGACUCAUCCUGGUGCCUUGUAUCCGUCCGUUUCCUCUUCGCCGCCUCCGUGGGACACUCGAGGAUAUCAACGAGACAAGCUCACUCUUGUCGCUUCAUCGACUCACAGCCCUAGCGUUACGCUGGGGCCGAUUAACCUGGAUGGACCCAAUGACGAUGAAGUGUGAGGCUCAAGCUGAUUCCCCAGCACUGCUAGGUGUAGCCUACACAUAUGC